AUGACAAAUCGGGAGGAACACGUGCCUGGAAAAGAGAUGACGAGUGAUGGUCAGCAAUUAGAUGGAGCUGCUCCUCAAGAUCCAAUUGGACCUGCCGAUGGUUUACAUGAAGCCGUUAAUGUGCAGGCAGCUGUCGCGGGUUUUGAGCGCAAUGGAGCAGCGAAUAUAGGCCGCUCAUCUUCGUCAUAUGGAAUCAGCACAUCGUCGAGUUCAUCAACUCCUAUCCAGCAUAAACCGGCAAACACACAAAUGUAUUUUGAUAGUUCGGGAUAUGGCACGGUGGUCAACAAGCUCCAUAUGGAUUCAUCUCGUGGAGAAUUGACAAUGCCAUAUCAAGCGAACACUGCAGCAGCGAUGGGUGGUAUAAUCAAUGGAUUGCCACAGCCGGGAUCAAUGGGAUUGCCCAGUAAUCUUCAACAACCUAACGACAUGCACGCUGCCAAUACAUUGGCUAGGAGUGGGCCUUUGACAGCCGCUCAAAUCAGUGCACGACAUGUCAUCAGCCGAGAUCUACCUACUUUCACUGGAAAGCCUGACGAAUGGCUGCUGUUCAUUAGCAAUUAUGAGCAGUCGACGGAAAGAUGUGGAUUCAGUAUCGAGGAAAAUCUUAUACGCUUACAGAAGUGUCUUAAGGGCCAGGCACUGGAAGCGGUACGCGGAAAAUUGAUGGUGCCAGAUACAGUGCCGUUUGCAAUUGGAACAUUGAGAAUGCUGUAUGGCCGACCAGAAAUAGUACACGCCGCGUUACAAGGAAAACUGAGAGACGAGCCAGCGAUAAAGGCAGAUAAUUUGGACUCCAUCAUUCGACUAGCCCUUGCUGUCCAAAAUUACUGCGCAACUAUGUCUGCAUUGGGUCUUCAUGCCUUUUUGCAUGAUCCUGUCUUGUUGAACGAAUUGGUCGCAAAGAUGCCGAGCAGUAUGAAGUUGGACUGGGGUCGACACCGAUUGGCAAAUCAAAGCGUCAACAUGGCCACAUUCGACAAUUGGCUUUUCAAUGUGGCAAUGUGUGCCAGUAUGGUAACUCCGUAUGAUGUCGGACGAACGACCUCAGCCAAAGCUUCAAAAGAAAGGUUGUUUGUACACAGUGUUACCGACAACAAUGACGAGACCCAACAGCGACAGCAUCAUGGAGAAUCAGAGAAGACUACAUGCCCAAAAUGUGGAGGCACGCACCGAUUGUCGGAAUGUGUCGACUUUCGAGCAUUGAACGUUAAACAGCGCUGGGAGUUUGUGAAAUCGAAACGGCUAUGUUUCUGUUGUUUCUGGCGGCAUCUUGUACGAAACUGCAAAGCUAAAGAAACCUGCGGCGUCGAUGGAUGUAAAUCAAUUCACCACGUACUGCUGCAUACCGCCGCAGGCAAUGAUGGCAGGAAGUUGACUGGGCAAACAGUGCCUCGAUCUGCCAACAAGGAGGAGUCUUCAAUCAUGUUUCAUGGAAAGACUGCGAGUAGCCCUCUCUUUCGUUAUAUCCCGAUAACGAUCCACGACAAAACCAAAUCUGUGAAAACAUUUGCUUUGGUCGAUGAAGGAGCUGCUUGUUCUUUAAUUGAAAGAUCCUUGUCUGACGAGCUCGAGCUAGAAGGACCGGCAACUCAAUUGUGCCUGAAAUGGACAGGUGAUGUUUCUAAGGUUGAAAACAAUUCGCAAUCGUUGGACAUCACUGUAUCAGCUACGAGUAUGGAAUCGCAGCGAUACACUCUGAAAAGUGUGCGAACAGUGUCUGAUCUCGACCUACCAGAGCAAAGCCUCGACCAGCAAUUAUUAGAGUCUCGGAGUCACCUCUGUACGUUGCCUAUAGAUCCCUAUUCCAAAGUACGAGCACGAAUCAUCAUUGGACUCGACAACAUUAAAUGGACUAUUCCGCUGGAGUUGCAUGAAAGUGAAGACGACGAUGUUAUUGCAGCACGUUGCAGGCUUGGCUGGGCUGUUUACGGCCGCUCAGCAAAGGAAUACUCAUCGAUUCCACGCCUGCUACAUAUUUGCCAAUGUAGUGAGACUGGCAGUUUGGAUGUUGCAUUGAAAGAGUACUUUUCUUUGGAAUCUCUGGGAAUUGUCGCUACGAUCAAUCCAUUACGAUCCAAAGACGAUGAGCGAUCGAUGCAAAUCAUGGAAGCAACGACAACGUUCUUGGCAGACGAGAAAAGGUGGCAAACUGGAUUACUGUGGAGAUUCGACAAAGUGGUCUUGCCUGACUCCUAUGAAAUGUGUCUUAAGCGACUAAAAUGUCUUGAAUCGAAAAUGUCGAAAGAUCCGCAGUUACGCAACUUCAUGCUAACGACGAUGAAAAACUAUAAGGAAAAUCGUUACAUCAGACGCCUGGAUGAUAGUGAGUUGGCGCGUAAAGAUAUAACAUGGUUUCUUCCUAUCUUUACCGUCACCAACCCUAACAAGAAGAAGACACGUUUAGUGUGGGACGCCGCAGCGAAGAUCCAAGGAGUGUCUCUAAACGACUUCCUGCUAAAAGGUCCUGACACACUUGCAUCAUUGAUGGGCAUUCUAAUACGCUUCAGAGAACGCCCAAUUGCUAUUUCGGGAGACAUACGCGAAAUGUUCCACCAAGUGAGGGUGCGACCAGAGGAUCAGGCAGCUCAGAGAUUCCUCUGGCGUGAUGGAAACUCGCAACGGCCACCGGAGGUAUACGUCAUGCAAGUUAUGACUUUUGGAGCAUCGUGUUCACCUUUCUUGGCGAGUUACGUUUUGAAACGCAAUGCUCAACGAUAUGAAGCUGAAUAUCCCGAGGCCGUAAAAGCCAUUUGCGGCAACACUUUCGUCGAUGACUGGCUUCAGUCUGUGGACUCAGUAGCUGAGAUGACAAAGCUGGCCCAGGCUGAAAAACUAAUUCAUGCUGAUGGAGGAUUUGACAUGCGACACUGGACAUCCAAUUCUCAAACAGUGGUCUGUGCUCUUGAGAAUAGAUAUGACAUGUUGGACAAGCCAAUUUGUUACCCAGACGUUGGUCCGGAAAACGUUCUGGGCAUGUGGUGGCAACCUGGAGCAGAUUGUCUAACGUUUAUGGUGAAGCCAGAUACGAUCGCAAAGGCUCUGGAUGGUCGGCCAACUAAACGCCGCGUCCUGAGCAUGAUUAUGACCAUAUUCGACCCCCUUGGAAUUGUUGGAUUUUUCAACAUACGCGCAAGAAUCAUUCUGCAAAAUAUAUGGAGGAGUGGAGUCGGAUGGGAUGAGCCGCUUAAAGAAGAAGACGAGGCAGACUGGCAUCGUUGGUUGGAUUUGGUGCCAACGUUAAACAAUCUGCGUAUAGCCCGAUGUUUGAAAGGAGUUAGUGCAGCUAGAUGUCUGGAAAUGCAUACAUUUGUAGACGCAAGUGUUAAUGCAUACGCUGCCGUCGUAUACAUCCGAGCUGAAGUAGACGAUCAAGUUCAUUGCAGUCUUGUAGCGUCGAAAACAAGAGUUGCUCCAUUGAAACCAAUUUCGAUACCUCGCAUGGAACUCAUGGCUGCUGUUUUGAGGCUGAGGUUGGCCAGAUGCAUCGAGUCUGAAAUGUCAGUACACGUUGACAAGAAAGUGUUCUGGACAGACUCUAGAGACGUUCUAUUCUGGAUACGAUCGGAAGUUCGUAAAUAUCACCAAUUUGUUGCACUCCGCAUUGGCGAAAUCUUAGAAGGAUCAGAUGUGAGUAACUGGAGAUGGGUCCCGUCAGCGCAAAAUGUGGCCGACGAUGGUACCAAAUGGACAAGAACGCCUGUCAUUAACGAAGCGAAUAGGUGGUUCAGAGGGCCUCAAUUUCUAUAUUCGGAUGACUCUCAGUGGCCGCAGAUGAACAUUCAUGCGAGCCAACAUAGCCAUACUAUUCUGCAACACGUCGAAGAGCAAUUGGAAGCCAUGUCACCUUUGAGCUGUAUCUCACCAGACCCAGAAAGAUUCAGCAAACUGGAGAGAUUAAGAGCCGCACAGUUGCGAGUAUUGAAUUUCUUGCGAUCUAUUGUCAAGAAGAGCAUGGGAUCGGAAUUAAAGAAGUUAUUAUUACUUGAACGGCCAAUAGAGAUGGAUAUCAUUCUAAUACGAGUGUGCCAGGAAACCGAGUAUUUCAGCGAGAUGAAAUGCUUGAAAACGGGAAGCAGUAUUAUGGAUCGGAAGAGCAAGCUAUUCAAAUGCUCUCCGUACUUGGACGAAGUGAGCAUACUGCGCGUCAAGGGAAGAAUCGACCUAAUAGAAGGAGUCGAAGUAAACCUAAAGCGACCCAUAAUCCUACCAAGAAGACAUCGAUUUACAUUUCUGCUGGUUGAGUCGUAUCAUCGCCGGUAUCAUCAUCUGUACGACGAGAUCGUGGUCAAUGAACUACUGCAAAAGUUCCUGAUAUUUGGUCUGAGAGCCUUGGUGAGAGAGGUUUCUCAAACUUGUCCAGCAUGCCGGAUGAGGCGCGCGCGUCCUAGGCCUCCAGAAAUGGGAAGUCUACCGCGCGAGCGUUUGGCGCACCACAUGGCGCCGUUCACCUAUACAGGAGUGGAUUACUUUCGGCCCAUCGACAUCAUCGUUGAACGACGGCACGAGAAGCGCUGGGGUGUUCUGUUCACAUGCCUCACAAUUCGUGCCGUACACCUGGAUAUCGCAACGUCACUGUCAACCGACUCUUUUCUUUGUAUUAUAAAGGCAUUUAUAGCGAGACGUGGUUGCCCGCGACGAAUGAUGUCCGAUAAUGGGACUAACUUCCGAGGUGCGAGUAGAGUGUUAAAAGAUGAAGUGGAGCGUAUAUCGACCAGGGAUGUGGAGACCAAAUACCCAGAAAUGGAGUUCAUGUUCAUUCCGCCAGGCUCACCGCACAUGGGCGGUGCAUGGGAAAGAUUGGUACGCUCAACAAAGUCCCUUCUAACGGAGAUCUUGCCGCCUGGUGGAUUGCGAGAAGAAGUGCUUCGUGCUGCGUUGGCUGAUGUGGAGGGUAUAUGUACCACUGGAAUCGGCAGACUCAGAAGCGCUUACACCGAACCAUUUCCUCUUGGGCCACUCUAG